AUGUCCAUGAGGAGCCCCGGCUCUGCCCAGCUGGCCCCGGAUGGCGGAGGCGCCAUGGUGAACUGCGCCCUCAAGUCUGAGGGGAAGAAGGAGCCCUGCCCCGAGGCCCCCCCGGGCCCGGCUGCCACGGCUGACCCCCAGCCCGGAGACCCGGCCCGAGCCGCCCAGGAUGCUGCUGACCCCCGAGCUCCAGCCCAGGAUUGCAGCUCGCCAGAGAGCAAUGUGUCCCCCGAUCCCAAGAGACCGGGCGACGCGGAGGCUGCUUCUGGGAGCCAGGAGAAGCUGGACUUCAACCGGAAUUUAAAGGAGGUGGUGCCGGCCAUCGAGAAGCUGCUGUCCAGUGACUGGAAGGAGAGGUUUCUGGGAAGAAGCUCCGUGGAAACAAAGGAUGUCAAAGGGACCCAGGAGAGCCUGGCCGAGAAGGAGCUCCAGCUGCUGGUCAUGAUCCAUCAGCUGUCCACCCUGCGGGACCAGCUCCUGACCGCCCACUCGGAGCAGAAGAACAUGGCGGCCAUGCUGUUCGAGAAGCAGCAGCAGCAGAUGGAGCUGGCCCGGCAGCAGCAGGAGCAGAUCGCUAAGCAGCAGCAACAGCUAAUCCAGCAGCAGCACAAAAUCAACGUCCUUCAGCAGCAGAUCCAGGUCAACAUGCCUUACGUCAUGAUCCCAGCCUUCCCCCCGAGCCACCAACCCCUUCCUGUCACGCCGGACUCGCAGCUGGCUUUGCCCAUCCAGCCAAUCCCCUGCAAACCAGUGGAGUACCCGCUCCAGCUGCUGCACAGCCCCCAAGCCCCGGCUGUGAAGAGGCCGGGGGCCAUGGCCGCCCACCACCCGCUGCAGGAACCCUCCCAGCCCCUGAACCUCACGGCCAAGCCCAAGGUCCUUGAGCUGCCCAACACCUCGAGCUCCCCCAGCCUGAAGAUGAGCAACUGUGGGCCCCGCCCCCCCAGCCACGGGGCUCCCACGCGGGACCUGCAGUCCAGCCCCCCCAGCCUGCCUCUGGGCUUCCUCGGCGAAGGGGACGCGGUCACCAAGGCCAUCCAGGAUGCUCGGCAGCUGCUGCACAGCCACAGCGGGGCCUUGGACAGCUCCCCCAACCCGCCCUUCCGGAAGGACCUCAUCAGCCUGGACAUGUCCCCAGUGAAGGAGCGACUGGAGGAGAGCUGUGUGCAUCCCCUGGAGGAAGCCAUGCUGGGCUGUGACGUGGACGGCUCCCGCCACUUUCCCGAGUCCCGCAACAGCAGCCACAUCAAGCGGCCCAUGAACGCCUUCAUGGUGUGGGCCAAGGACGAGCGCAGGAAGAUCCUGCAGGCCUUCCCGGACAUGCACAACUCCAGCAUCAGCAAGAUCCUCGGCUCCCGCUGGAAGUCCAUGACCAACCAGGAGAAGCAGCCCUACUACGAGGAGCAGGCGCGGCUGAGCCGGCAGCACCUGGAGAAGUACCCGGACUACAAGUACAAGCCGAGGCCCAAGCGCACCUGCAUCGUGGAGGGCAAGCGGCUGCGGGUGGGCGAGUACAAGGCCCUGAUGCGGACCCGGCGCCAGGACGCCCGCCAGAGCUACCUGCCGCCCUCGCAGGCAGACCAGAUGCAGAUGAGCGCCCCGGAAGUGCUGUACCCGCGGGUGGCAGCGCCCUCGGUGGAGCACUACGUGCCCCGAGGCCUGGACCCCAGCAUGCCCGUCAUCGUGAACACCUGCAGCCUUCGAGAGGAGGCUGAGGCCCCGGAGGACCGGCACUCGGUGGCCGACGGGGAGAUGUACCGGUACAGCGAGGACGAGGACUCGGAGGGCGAGGAGAAGAGCGACGGGGAGCUGGUGGUGCUCACGGACUGA